ACUAAAUAUCUAUUUAAAAAAUGUAUUUGUAUUCGUGUGUUUCCCUAAUUUCACUACAUAAACUAAUACCAUUAUUAACACUUGUUAUAAUUUUCAAUAUAAAAUAUGCAUCAUCCAACGCAGAGAUAAAAGGAAUUGCAUAUUUAGACAAUGAGAAGCCUUACAAAUCUUACGUUGGAAAAAUCUUACCUGGAAAAGGUGGAGAUUUAGAACCAGUAAAUAAUGAUGAAACCAUCUCAGCCAUCAUGGCUCGUUACUCCAAGCAAGCGUCCAAAGGAAAAGGAAUGACAAAGCCAAAGAAGAAAGUCCAGAAAUCUGGGAAGAAAUCUGUCACAGAUCCGAAAACGCAAGGACCUUCGAGUAAAUCAAAGACUAAUAAGGUUGGGAAAUCUCUGAACCAGUCCAAAACCACACCCUCCAAAACUAAGGCCAAAAGCAAAAAGGAAAAACAUCCUUCCGGUGGUCGUGGAAUGACAAAACCAAAGGGAACUGCGCAUCAUGGAAAAACGACUAAAAAAUCAAAAUCUCACCCAAGUGGUAAAAGUGUCAAAUUAGAAAAGUCUAAUUGGUACUUUAAAGACCCCCAAAAACUGUUGGGAAGGUCAAUUUCAAAUUACGAACCCUCCGACCCUACGGAGCCUCGCCCUUCCGAAAAGAUCAACGAGGAAGAGACCAAACCUGAAGAAGAAGAGGUUAAAGGUUCUGAUAAUAACGAAGACGAGGUUAAAAAUACAAGUCCAGCUCCAACAGAAAAUCAAGACGACGAUGCUGCUGAGACUGCAAGUCCGACAGAAAAUCCGACAGCAAAUAAAGAGAAGGACGAUGCAGUUGAGCCUGAACGAGGCAGUGAGGACAAUAAAAAGCCAGUUAAUAAAAAGAAGAAAAAGAGCAAAUCUUCCAAAAUUACAGACGAUCCAAAUCGCAAGAAACCAACAGUGAUAGAAUUUAAGCAGAGUGACGCCAUGAAUCCGAACAUGCCUGGUUGGUUCGCCUUGAAAAACACGAUACAGUUUGGAAAACCCCUGAAAUUGGGAACCCUCCUCCGACGACGAGGAAAAGAUAACGCGACUGAAUUUCUUUCUGAUUACGUUGACGAUGCGGAGGAUGGCGAAAACGAUGACGCCGCAGAUAAAAUGUCGUCCGCUUUAAGAAAAUACGAUAAGGCGUGUUUGUGGCAGGAAUACCAAGCCACUAAAAGUUCGCUGGUCGGACCUCCCAUUUCAGAAGCCAAUCGAGAAAAAGUCCGUUGGCAAAAUCAUCAAUUAUCAAUUUUCUUUUUGGACAUUGUUUUCAAUUCAGGGAUCGAUGAUUUUGGAAAUUCGUCAAAACUUGUUGACCAGAAACCUUCAAAUUCUUUCAAAUUAUUACAUCUAACGAAAGAUAUUUUCUCGCAAUUUAUUUGCACGGAGCGAGACAAGGAGGGUCAGGAAGAAGGCGGCGACGCUACUAAACCAACGUCAUCAAAGGACAGGAUUCUUCCGAGAGCAUUUACGGAAACCGUGUUCCAUCUUUUUCUAAAACUUUACGAAAUAACAAAGAAUAAAGAAGCUACGGAAUAUUUGUCAGAUGGUGAGUUUGCAUGGAUUAAGAGCAAUUUGGAAGCUUGCAACCAAACGGGUGGUUUGCCAAAAAAGAUUAAAUGGUACACGGACGAGUGUAGGGAAACGGUCAUCGCAUUUGACCAAGAGAACAACUACGCGUGUACACCAUACAUUGAGUAUGACUUCAAUAUUAAAAAGUACGACCCACUCCUCGACUUUAUUUGGCACAUGGUCGCUUCCGUCCACUCCCACUGUUUUGAGAGUUUUCAGACCAAUAUCCGCAUAUGGCAUCGAUAUUCUUUAGCAAUGGCGGAUUUAAUCACUGUGAGAAAUGAGAGUGAGAUGGUCUUCAUCUUCAGAGGACAAUACGAAACUGUACAGCAGAUUUUUCGGUCCAAGUUCUAACAUUUAUUUUGAUAAUAUGAAUCGUUGCAUGUAUGCGGCGACAUUGAGGUCAAACGUGCCAUACCUGCUGCCAAGGUUCGAGGGGAAAAGAAAAACCAGAUAUGCUCCGUUUUCGGCUCAGCAAUUUAACACAACUGAAUUUUGAAUGCGAUAUAAUGAAAUUUGCAUGUGUUCCGAUUAUUCUUAUUCAAUUUGGACGUAUGUUAUGCUGUGUAGUUCAUUGGUCUCUAAUUCUCAUUAACAGAGUGACAUGAUUAUUUUUUAUUGUUUAGAUGUGUGAAUGGGGUAAAUAGCCUCUGUAAUUAU